CUGGUGUUUGUUUGAGUUAAAACACUAAGGAAAUAUCGGCAAUGAACAGAAAGAUAAUUAAAAGCCUCGCCGAAACGUUAUGCAAACAAGUCAAACAUUUCAAUAGAACAGAGGCGGAGUGUCUAAUAAGAGUGUUCAACGGUCUGCUGGAAGAGCAGGAGGAGAGAAGAGCAGGUCAUGGACUGGACCGGGUCAAGUUUCGAAAUAUACUGCACAAUACAUUCGGGAUGACUGACGAUAUGAUGAUGGAUAGAGUUUUUCGUGCAUUUGACAAGGACAAUGACAGCUAUAUAAGUGUCAAAGAGUGGGUUGAAGGUCUGUCUGUCUUCCUACGUGGGACGUUGGAAGAAAAGAUUACAUACUGUUUUGACAUUUACGACCUAAAUGGGGAUGGAUACAUCUCACGGGAGGAGAUGUUUCAUAUGCUGAAAGACAGCCUCAUUAGGCAACCCACCGAAGAGGAUCCAGAUGAGGGCAUUAAGGAUCUUGUGGAGAUUGCCUUGAAGAAAAUGGAUUUUGAUCAUGACGGGAGAGUUUCUUUUACUGAUUUUGAGAAGACUAUAAGAGAUGAAAACCUUUUACUAGAGGCUUUUGGCAACUGCCUUCCAGAUGCCAAGGUACAAACACAAGCAACUACCUUGCCUAAGCAGUUACAUACUUGUGCGUGUGCCUGUCGAAGGCCAGGCCCUAAAUUUUUUUAUUUGUUUUGCAGAGCAUACUGGCAUUCGAAGAACAUGCAUUCCAAGAACCACAUGAACACUGAAAUGCAUCAUUGA